AUGUCACUUAUAAUUUUAUUAACAUUUAUAGUUAAAAAUAUUAGAUACUUUAUAAUGUAUUGUUUAUUUGAUUUUGUAGCGUAUUGUGUUUUGUUAAGGUUACCGAUAUUGUUCAAUUUCAUCACCAUUGGCAACGAGAGAUUCAGAUGCCCAGAAGCACUCUUACAGCCAUCAUUCCUUGGUAUGGAAGCAUCAGGUAUCCAUGAGACAAUUUACAACUCAAUCAUGAAGUGCGAUGUCGACAUCAGAAAGGACUUAUACGGAAAAAAUCGUUUUGUCUGGUGGAAAAUCAAUCCAAAAAUCAACGACAGACAAGAGAAGGAGAAAGUUGCAAAUGAAAAACGAAUAAGCAUAAUCAAGGCUGUUCAUGCAUGGCUCAAUUUAUUUAUAUUCAUAUUGUGUUUAUUUGUGGUGGGUUUAUGUCGUAAUAUUUUGUUGUUAUUUCAUUCUCUAAGUAUUUUUAGUUUGAGUGGAAUCCAUUUUUUAUUUCAACAAUAA